AUGGCGCACGCGCGCGGGCGCAAGCGCCCGCGGGUGGAGGCGGACGGCGGCUUCAGCGACCUCCUGGGGCGCUUUGAGGCCUCGGUGCAGAGCGCCCCCGCGGGCGCGGGUGCGCUGCUCGAGGCCUGGAGGCAGCUGCAGCAGCUGCAGGCGUCGGUGGAGCGGCGCCUCGUCACGUGCUCGAUCGACAGCCUGACCCCUCACGACGCCGUGGAGUUCACAUCUACCGCCGGCGGGUGA